AAGAAAAAAGGAAGCGGGGGAACCAGGAAGUAGGGCUGCAGAGAAAAGUCUGCUGUCCUUAAAAGGCUGUGUUUUCUACCUUAGCGGGGUUUCUAGUCGUAUCCACAAUGUCUAAAAACACAGUGUCCGACCGCUUCAGGAAAGUAGACGUAGAUGAAUACGACGAGAACAAGUUCGUGGACGAGGAGGACGGAGGAGAGAACCAGGGAGGACCGGACGAAGCAGAAGUGGACGGUCUGCUCAGACAGGGGAACAUGAAUGGAGCUCUACAGGCUGUACUGAAGAACCCUCCAAUCAACACCAAGAACCAGAAUGCUAAGGAGCGAGCAGAGCUACUGGUGGUCAAAGUGCUGAGUAGUUUUAAGAGCAGCGACAUUGAGAAAGCUGUGGGCUCGCUGGACAAAGCAGGAGUAGACCUGCUGAUGAAAUACAUCUACAGAGGCUUCGAGAAACCAUCUGACAACAGCAGCGCCGUCCUGCUGCAGUGGCACGAAAAGGCUCUGGCCGUGGGAGGCGUCGGCUCCAUCGUCAGAGUCCUGACUGCCAGGAAGACGGUCUGAUGAUCCCAGAACCUGCAGAGUCCAGCUGUAAACAGACAUCAGUCAGUCACCAGAGCUGACUCUCUGUUUGUGGACUUUUAUUUUUGUACCGGAGCUGAGCGUCGUUCUGAUGCACUUCUUUCCUCCUUUUUGUUUUUGUUUUUUUUCCCCCUGCAUUCACUCUUUUCACUUCCAGCUCUGGGAUGUAGGAGUGCUGGCAGUCAGGCAGGGAGAUGCUGGCACCUCACACUGUCUGUGCUCGCCAGCUUCGCAGAGAGAAGCUUCACUCAGACACAAAGCAGCUCCUUCGCUUCUUCAAACUGCUUCCCGGCUGCUCUGCUCCUGCUCCUCCUCCUCCUCCUCUUCCUCCUCCUCUUCAGCUUUCCUGCUUCUCCUUCCUCCUCCGCUCUGGAGCCUUUGACUCAUCCAGGUUGAGGAAAUGGAAAAGAUGGAUGGACUGUCAUUGACUGGUGUUUUCCCGCCUUUCGCCCGGUGCAUGCUGGGAGUGGAUUUAUUUUUACCCAAACCAUUCUAACUUUCUGAACAUGUUUGUUCAUUGACUCUCUUUUUUUUUUUUUCUACUUACACCAGAACCAUGCUGUUUUGUUGAGCCUGAGCCUUCAGGUUGUACUGCUUAUAGUGAUUCUUUUUUUUUAUCUGAAACAAGAAAAAUAAAGUGCUGAACCUGAA